AUGGCAUAUUCAAGGCCUCCCGGCUCGGCCUUUCCAACCCCUCGCCGAGUCUUCACAGCCCCGACAUUGUCGACUGCCCCGCAACAGCCGAGCUCUUCAUCCCAAGCCGGUGCCGGUUACGUCGAAACCCUCUAUAAUCACCCCUCCGCCAAAGUUGUUUCCUUUGAAGCUGGACCUCGUCCCAUCUUUAGCCCGGGAAAGGCAGCGACCUCUUCGGUUGAGGUUGAACCAGGCUCUCUGUCCUGGUCAUCCCAGCUAGAGAGGACCAUCGCAAGCGGUCCUUUUCGCAUCUACCGAGCACCUGGAUCAGUUGCCUUCCUGAGCUGUGGAUCCGCGCUACAACCCAUCCUACCGAAAAGCCAAUGCUGGUGCGUUGACGAAGCCUCGAGCAAAUACGUCCUUCAAAUACGACGCCCGCAAUACUGGAGAAUCGAGGUACCGGUCGCCGACGAUGGAGACAUUCGCCUCGCUCUGCUAUUACGAGAAGUCCUUGAAAAAGUGCUUAGGUUCGAGAAGACAGAAUGCCCGUUUAACAGGUCAUUUUCCGUCGACCUACCGGACCCGCCUCAAACCCCCGUGAGGAUGCGCCCAUGGACACCGGUUGGAAAAUCGUUCGUGUCAUUGCCGCCGACUCCUGUCACCCCCGUUUACAUAGCGCCUCUAUCAAAGGCACCAGCAGCGGACGACGUGCGCGUUUCUACAGACGAGAAUGUCACCGAGUGUCAGGAUAAGGUUGUGGACGAUACAACAUCAUCUUCCAAGCUUGACUUAGAAAUUUCUAUAGAAGAGACACCGGAGACUGGGGGGGAGCUGGACACGCCGGACCGGGCUCCCCAGGAAGAUGAUGUGGUCGGACUGAGCAACACAGAGAGAGACGCUAGUGAUAGUGAAAAUACACUAUCCACGACACAGGAAGAAGCUGCCGACUCGAUUCCGAACCCGAACAAACGCAAUGGCUUCCAAGCAAGCCGUGCUCUCACUACUCCGCCACGCUUAACCUUGCUGACCACGCCGCCGUCCAAAGUGAUGCAGACGGAAGAGCCCGAGCCGCAGGUGGAGAUUCCCGAAUCCAAUUCGCCCACCGAGUCGCAAGACUCGUUUCACAGUAUCGAGUCUUGGGCAUCACCGAUCACUCCUCUUCCCCUUUCACCACCACUGUCACUUGGUGGUUCGCCGACGGUGUUCCCAUGCGGACAGGAUGAUCUUCAAGUGGAGAAGACAACGACAUGUCAAGAAGAUACGCCAGAUUUAACAGUAUCCCUUAAAACACCCCGACAGACGUGGGGUGCCCAGACCAUCGCAGCGACGGAUGGCAGCCGAGACGAACCCUCUUCAGCGCCUCCCUCCGUACAAGACGAAGAAUUCGCGACCUGCAGCGCCGAAACAGCAGACGAAACAGCACAAUCUCCCUCCUCAGUCCCAGAAACCGACCACCUCAGCACCUCAACAUCCGCAGCUCUUACGCGCCGCCCCUUUACCCGCCACCGCCCGACCACCAGCAGCAGCAUCUCCCCCAGCCGCCGCGCCCUCUCCCCCCUCCCGCCCGCCGCCAACCUCUUCAGCCCCCGCCAGCCCUUCCGGUCCAAGACGACGACCAGCCGCAGCGCCAGCAGCCGGCUCGCGCUCGUCCGGCGCCUGCCCAUGGCGGUCGUCCACAAGACGGUCGAGAUCCUGCUCUCCCCGCCGGCGCACCUGAUCAACCUGAUGCUCAGGGUGGCGGCGCGGAUCGCGGCGGGCGAGUGGCGCGGGUACGUGUUCGGCACGGGCGAGGGAGGGGAGACGAUCCCUGUCCGGUGGGACUGGUCGGACGAGGACGACGACGGCCACGGCGAGCUCGGCGGCUGGGCCGCCGACGAGGACCUUGGCCUGGGCCUGGACAUGCCCUGCGCUGCCGCCGACCGGGGGCAGAGAAGGGUGCGGCGGCGCGCUACCGGAGAGCACUUGAAGAUGGCGGGGAGCUUCCCUGAGAGCCCGAGCGACGACGACGACGACGAGGACGGGGCGGAGGGAUACGUCGCGGGGCAGGAGUCGCGCAAUGGGGACGUGACCGGAACUGGGACCGGAAAUGAGAAUGUUCAAUGGAAGCAAGGGGAGGGACCAAACAACAACGACACAGACUGGGGCCGGAGCUCGGAGGUCGACUAG